UCAUGGGUGUGCAGGGGUUAACAACAUUUGUUGAAGGGAACAGAAGCUUUCUUCCAGAUGUGAGGUUCAGGGACAGUCCCCUGGUUAUUGAUGGCUGCAGUCUUUACUUUCGUCUCUACUUUAACCACGGUUUGGAUCAGCAGCAUGGAGGAGACUAUGAUGCAUUCGCUUCCCUGCUCACCCAGUUCUUCUCUGCUUUGGCAGCCUGUAACAUCCAGCCCUAUGUGGUGCUGGAUGGAGGGAUAGACCCCAGUGAGAAGAAGUUUCCAACUCUGCGCCAGCGCCUGCAGUCUAAGAUAAAGGAGGCAGACAAGAUCUCGCGUGGCUACAAUGGCUCCAUCCUUCCAAUCCUCGCAAGAGAUGUCUUCAUUCAGGUCCUCAUUCAGAGAGGAGUCCCACUGGUCCAAUGCAAAGCUGAGGCAGACUGGGAAAUUGCAUGUUUGGCACAUCAGUGGAAGUGCCCAGUGCUGACAAAUGACAGUGACUUUUAUGUUUUUGACCUUCCAGGUGGUUGUCUGCCUAUCCGUUUUUUCCAAUGGACCAACUUAAAUGGAAAAGUAUCACAGCGCUACAUCUCAGCUCGAUUGUACAACACUAAAAAUCUGUGUAGCUGGUUUGGGGGCAUGAAUUGUGACUUGAUACCUUUAUGUGCUGUCCUCCUUGGUAAUGACUAUAGUGCUCCAAAGGAGACUGACACACUCCUGGCUCUGAUAGAUAUGGGUGCAUUAGGAAGAGGAGGUGGCAGAGGUAAAGGCACAGCAUCUUCUACCCGUAUCAAUAUCCUCCUCCUUUGGUUGUCCUCUUUCUCAAAUGUGGCAGAGGCCCUGCAGGAAGUCAGCGGGCUGAUAGAUGGGGAUGGUGGGAGAGGCAAGCGAGGACCUAAGAGUGGGCUUAGCUCCCAGCUGUGGGCUGCCAUGCAAGAGUACCAAAUAGGAACUCCAAGUUCUCUCGCUCACUGGUUUUCUGGAGGUAGAGUAGCUACAAGAGGGAAAACAUCUGGUCUGGCAGAGCUGCCAGAAUGCUUGUCUUUGGCUGAAGCGCAGGGGCAGCUGGCUUCCCUGGUUGUUAAUGCCUUGGUCAUGCAGAGGGUUCUUCUCAUCCCACAGGUGGAGAAUAGUAAACUACCCAGCAGCCACUUUAGUUCUACACCCAUACGUCAGGCUAUUUAUGGGCUAUUACUACAGAAUGCUCAAAGAGGUGGAGGCGCACACGUAGCGAACAGAACACAAGUCCAAGGAACGGGAGGUGGAGAAAAGCGAGGCGGAAGGGGUUGUAGAGGGAGGGGUCAGUGCCACACAUCAGCUGCACAGCACCGAGUGAAUGAUCCACUGAGCAGGGAAAACGCAGCUUCAAUGCAAGCACAGAGCAGCCCAGUUUUUGUUGAAGAGUAUGACCGUUUGGACAUAAACUUAAAGAAAAACCAAGUGGUGGCACAACUCCCUAGGACCUUUAUACACCUGGAUGGACUCAACCAGGCCCCUGAGGCACUGCGUCUUGGUGUCCUGUUGGAAGUCUUGGCAGUGAAGGAGUCUGCUCUGGCUCCUGUCCCUGUCCACCUGCAGCUGGCUGUUGCAGUGACUGGAUUCUGGUCGCAAGAGGCCGUACCACGUCCCUCACAGCCCCUGGUGCAGGCUUUGGUGCUUAACAUGGUUUAUGGAGAAGUGUCCUGGAACAGCCAGCCUGGAGCUACUCACCACCAUCAUGCUGCUCAACUAAACUGGGCUGCAGAACAAUAUGUACUGUCAGCAUUGGACAGGCAGCGAGUGAGACCAGGGGAGAGACGAGGGUUAGACAUUAGGGUGGCUCACAGCUUCAGCCAGUGGCAGUCCUGCCUGUGGAGUGCACUGUGUCUCAAUCAGCUGUUGCUGAUGCCACUGCCUCAACCCUAUCUGUCAGGGCUGUUCAGUGGUACCUUGGUGCAUGGCCUCCACAGUUUCCUAAAAGCGGGAAGGCCUGCAGAGUCCUUACUGCGUGGAGGAUCCUUAUCUUGGCAACUCUACUCCUGCCUUCUAGAUGCUGUGAGGGACUGCAGCUUCAAAGCAAAUCCCUCCUCUCUGGCGUCUGGUAGGAAGAGAAGGGGCAGAGGUCGAGGCAGGAGAGGAAGAGAUGGACGAGAGGCUUGGGCUGCAGACGAGUUGAACAACAUGUUCACACUUCUUAUGUGUGAGGAAGAAUAUGAUGAUUGGUGAGGUGGCAGAGAAAAAUGAAAUUACACCUGUGAUCUAAAAAAGUUAAAUCUGGUCCUCUGAACAUUAAAAAAAAAACCAAAACAAAGCAAA